GGUUUUAAUUAGUGUCAGGUGUAAUCUCACAUAUAAGACUGUAAGGGUGGUCAAAUAAACAUGGAACUGGAGGAAUUAGGCGGGGAAACAGCCUCGGUUGCCAACAGAAGUUUUUACCCUGCUUUUGGACAGCAGUCGAAUCGGUCUUCGUCAGGAGCCGCUGUGUACCCACUGUCGGAAGGAACAAGUUCUCUGAGCCCGGAGUGUUUCACCCCUUAUGUAUCUUUUCCCAGCUCAGCGACCGGUGCCAACACGCAGGUCACCUUUGGGUGCCACUUCGCCAGCAGUUGCUAUACUUGUAAAGCCCCUCCAAGCGCUGCGUUUCAGCAGAGUGGCGUGAGCCACGGUGCCAAUGGGAAUGUAGGUGGACAUUCAGCUGACAAGCAGGACACGGUCGGGUUCGGCAGGGCGGCGCUUCGCUGUGGUGAAGUCCCGGGUAGGGUGCGGGACUUGGGGGUCUAUCAGGGCUACACGGGUCCCUACUCAUACCCAAGGAUCCCUGGAUACAUCGAUGUGCCUGUAGCGCAGCGGCCAAGGACCAGAGAUCAAAGACGUGAAAGUCAUUUCGCAGUAGAGGGCUACCAGCCAUGGAACUGGUCGAGCAGUUGGAACGGCCAGGUUUAUUGUCCUAAGGAGCAGACGCAGAGCUCGCAUAUCUGGAAAUCAUCACUAACAGAGGACACAGCGCUGUCUCGGUCUGAUCCUCGGCGGGUGAGGAAGAAACGGGUUCCCUACACGAAGCUGCAGCUGAAGGAACUCGAGCAUGAGUACACCAUUACAAAGUUCAUUACCAAAGAGAGGAGACGGCGGAUAGCCUCCUCCACCAACCUGUCAGAGAGACAAGUGACUAUAUGGUUUCAGAAUCGCCGUGUGAAGGACAAAAAGAUCAUUUCCAAAAUAUCCAAAGACUUUGAACCUUAUCAGUGAACUAACACCUGAAAUAAUGCGAGAUCUAUCCGCCGCUCUUCAAACUCCGCAGUGCAUUAUUCAUGGUAAUAUAUCCAUGUUUGGUAAGGGUUAUAUGUUUAUCCAAAUGCUGUGAUAAACAGAUCUAAAUGUAUUUUUAUUCUGUCGACCACUAUCCGUUUUACAAAAGCACAUAUCACAGUUUCGGACAUUAAGACAGCGACAGAAGCAGAAGACCAUUCAUUUGUAGAUACUUUUAGUCUUCUAUGGCAAGACUAAACAGUUUCUGUUAUUUUAUUUUUUAACCAUAGGGUUGUUUAAAGCGUACUGCUUCAGUUCACUAUGGAAGCACCACAAUACUUACCGUAAAAGCACAACUCUAUAAACUGGACGAUUCAUGAGGAACAAUAAGGGGACAAUGUAUUACACGAAUCAUGACGCUUGUUAAAGAAUGGUCA